CUCUCACCCCAGCUGCUUGGGAAAUGUCACACAGGCAGAGAGAGAGGCCCGUGUUGCAGUAGGGGGGCGUUAUAGUAGAAGAAGAAGAGGAAGAGAGAGAGAGAGGGGGGGAAAACAACACAAAAUCAUCUUUUUUUACCUGCUUUGUCUGCAUCUUAUAUUCGCUCUCUGUCGUGCAAAUGCCACAUCCCGCUACCAACACCACCACCACCAUCCUCGGCAGCAGAAGCAGCAGCCGCAACUAAUCGCAGCAGCAGCAACAACAGCAGCAGCAGCAGCAGCCUCAGUGCUCGUUUCGCAUUAAGGCUAAUAUAAGAGAAAACACCGUGCCAGACAUGGGGGAGAACAUCACGUUUCUCUUGAAGAUGUCAGUCCAUCAAACCAACUGGCCUGUGAUGCCGAUGCCCAGUAGAAGAUCCUGGGAUUGAGACGUACACUGAUGGCCUGGACUGAGUUUCAGCUGGCCUGCUGAAGCUAUGGGGAGCUGUUGGAGCUGUCUGUACAGAGACCCCAUCCGAGACAACCAUCUCACCAAAUUUAAGGUCACCAAUGUGGAUGAUGAGGGCAACGAACUGGGCUCUGGCAUCAUGGAGCUCACACAGACUGAGCUCAUCCUUCACACACGCAAGAGAGACGCCAUCCGGUGGCCAUAUCUCUGCCUGCGACGCUAUGGCUACGACUCCAACCUGUUCUCGUUUGAGAGCGGUCGCCGCUGUCAGACGGGGCAGGGAAUCUUUGCCUUCAAGUGUUCCCGGGCGGAGGAGAUCUUCAACUUGCUCCAGGAACUGAUGCAGUGUAACAGCAUCAACGUGGUGGAAGAGUCGAUGAUGAUGAGUCGCACUGGUCACACGCCAGAGAUGGACAUGGCUCGCACGCCGCAGACUCCCAACACUCCAGGAUUUCCUGUUCAGGCUUUUCCCAAUGGAUACCCAGGUUAUCCUAUUAGAGGCGAUUCCUCUCAACCCUCUCUUGCUGAUGAUCAUGGGCAUAGCCUCAUGGGUUUGGAAGACCAGACCCACACUUAUGUGAAUACUGUUAGCAUGGAGGGGGAUCUGUCUAUGCGUCACUGUAUGCACUCCCUACCAGAGGUGCGGCCCAGCACUUUUACUGAAACAACACGGGGAGUCAUGCCAGUCGGCGGCCAAGGCAACCCGCAGAUUGGCAAUCUGCGGUGUUGUCCACUGGAGGAGCAUAAAGAUGCUCAGGUGUUCUUGCAACCGUCCUCACAGGAGGUCAAAUUCAGGCUGGGCCCCACUCCAGCACAGCGCCAUCUGCUGGAGAGAGAGCGUGAGAGGGAGAGAGAGCGGGAGAGGCACGGGCACAAUCCACACAACCUUCAGCCAGUAGAGGGUGCCACAGGCUCAGAGACAGACGGAGACGAGCCCUCCAUGCACCUGUGCAACUCUCAUUCCUAUCACCAUUUCCUUCACCACGCAGCACACCGCCACCCGGGUCACAAGCAUCCAGACGGCUGUCAGAGCGGCGAGCUCACCUACGAGAACAUCAACGGCCUGAGGAGCGGCCGCAAGCAGCGGCUGAGUCCCAGCAGCGUGUCACAGUCUGUGGGUUCAAGCAGCAGUAGCAGCACGGGGGACAGUCACCCCCACUCCCUGCUGCACCCACACCCUCACGGCCCGGCGUCUCUGCCCCCGCAGGGCUACGCCUGCGAGAGGGGCAUGGGCGGAAGUCACCGUCGGACAGCUCUGCUGAACUAUGAGAACCUGCCCUCCCUGCCGCCAGUGUGGGAGUACAGAGCUCUGCAGCGUGACGAUGAGCAGGAGGAUGAGGAUGAUGAGCAGGAUGAGGAGGAAUAUGAAGAAGAGGAGGAAGACUUUGACGAAUAUGAGUUCUCAGAGGGCCCUGGGACGCCCAACGGGUACCACCAGGAUAGUCGGGGCAUCCACAGAGAUGCCCUGCAAAACUAUGUCAACACAGAGCAGGUCCAGCCCCGGCUCCCUCACAACUGCCCCCCGCACCCACGGCCGUGUCAACCAGACAGAGGGGGAGGGAUAUUUAGCUUUGAUUUUGGCAAACGAUCGAGGUCAGGGGUCGGAGGAUGUGAGCACAGCCACAUGCCUCCAUCACUGCAGCUGAAUUACAUCCAGGUGGACCUCGAGGGAGAACCUCCCUGCCAAGGCCUCGGUAGCGGAGGUGCCCAGUCCCAGCCACAGCACCAGCGCCUGCCACCCAAAAAAUGUGGCGCACAGGCACCGCGGCGCAGUGAAUGCUACGCGGUCAUUGACCUAAAGAAGACCGCUGCCAUGUCCAACCUGCAGAAAGCUCUGCCCAGGGAUGAUGGGACUUCCAGAAAGACUCGCCACAACAGCACAGACCUGCCUCUGUAAACGGUGUUCCAAACUGAAGAGGAACGACGAAGACAGAUGAAGGCUUAUCCUCAUCUUAGCACACUGGACCCUUCACUGUCAUCCAUCCAUUCAACUGUCGGGCUGACUAAUACAAUACAGGUACCUAAUUAGAAACUUACUGAAACCUAUCUGUGCGUAUAAAAGUAAACGCGCAGUCUCUUGAGGUGAAGUUGCCGCCGUUUUGUUCUCUUUAUUUAUUUCGGUACGCGGGGCGAAAGCUCUCUAAAGAAAAUUUGCAGUUUUUUAACUGCAAAUGCUGUUCGCUGGAUUUAUGGAUAUCUAUACGUAAGCAUAAAAUCACACGUUUUAAAUGUGUGAUUUUAUGCUUAGCUACGACUUGGAGCAGUGGCCUCUGUUUUCAGUUGAAGUAUUCAUUGCCAUAAUGUAUUAGCAAUUUUUGAAUCCUUUAAGACCAUCUUUAGUCACAAGUUCAGUCAGUGGCAUUUGGGUUUUGUUUGUUUUUACACUGUAAGAGUCAGAAAUGUGACCCACAUUCCAGAAGGCUUAGAGCAGUUGGCAAUUUCGGGAAGGUUAAUGAUUCAGCCAAGUCCCCGGCCGGUAUUCAUACCUCACCACAAGCACCUGAGUCUGUGUAGAGGAGGCCGUUUCUUUGUUACUAUUAUGCCUGUAGAGCAUUUUGCACACAAUCCUAUGGAAUUGUAUUUUAUCAUAUUUAAGAGUUGUGUUGUCCAAAUCGAGUUUGAGAUCGUAAUUGAAUAAAAAAAAAAAAAAAAGAAAGGAAGAAAAGAAGGUAGAGGAUAUUUGGAGAAUUAGCCUUAAAGGUCCAGUGUGUAAGAAUUUAGUGACGUGAGACUGCAGAUUGUGACUCCCUCCGUUUCCCCCAAGCACAUCAGGAAACUACGGUGGCCUGUGCGUUCCAGUAGUCGGCUUCUGCUUCAAAAAUAAGAAAUGCACGCUCUAGCUGGUUUUGUCCGUGCAGGCUGCUGUAGAGACAUCGGUGCCAUAUGAUAAGACUCUCACGCACAUAUGAAAAGGCUUAAUUGAAACCAGACAAAUUUCCUUCCUACACGUCGCACACACUGGACCUUUAAAGCUAUAAACUACGGUAGAAGUAGCACACAUGGAUUAAACAAGCUUAGGCUCACUUCAGUCCACACGCAGCAAACGGGGGAAAAACAAAAAAGUAGCAUAUCAUUGUCACGAUCACACAUCUCCUGCAGAUCACCGCGGACCUUUUUUCUGAAGGUCCACAGCAUUUUUACCGCUCGUCACAUUGCACUUUCGACCCUCGGCCACAAGGACGCGCUCUGUCACUACUCUCUCUCUCUCUCUGUCUCUGUCUGUGGCUGGAGCCACUUGUGAGAGCAGGCCAGAAUCCUUCACGGCAUCUUUUAGUCCACAUUGUAGUUGGGGUUUCAUUUCGAGGUUUCCAUGGUAAACCUUGGAUAGUGGCGCGAAGCUAUAACCUCUCGUUUAAAUGUUCCUGAAUCUGUAAUUUGUCUGUGAUCAGGUGUGAGUGGUCUAUUUUGAAAAAUGUAAUCAAGUAUGAUGCAAAAGUUAUGCAUUGAAGAUUUCUGUGAGGUUAUUUAUCAACCUUUUUUCGAGUCAUAUAUUUAUUUAUUUAUGCCGAUAUUUAUUUAUUCUUUUUUUUUUGUAACUGUAAUGAUUCAGUUUUUCCAUGUGAUGACCAGCGUUUUGUAAUCCAGUUGAUAGGCUAAUAUGGAGACCAAAGUUUCACCUCAAAUUAUCACUGGAGGAAACUGGUGUGUCACUGUUAUAACUGUGUGUGAUUCUAUUUUUUAAAAGAAAAGAGAGAAAGAGACUGUAUUUAUAUUUUAUGUGCCAAAAAAAACUUAAUCGCAAACUGUACGGUGACUUAAAACAAAAAAUCAUGUGCCAUUAGGAUUUAUAAGAGCAGAGGAGACAUAAGGACACAGUGGUGUGGGGGCGGGGAUACAAAUACCUGAUAGAAAUUAAACUUAAUAAAAACCACACAUUCCACCUCAUCUGCAUCGACCGCCAUUUCAGAGCGAGAGAUUAAGGGAUUAACGGUCAUGUUGUAGUGUGAUAAUCACAGUUUUAGGGUGAUUUUUAAGCUGCUACGUGUAAAUACAGUAAAAACAGUAGCCCCGUGUAGGUUCUUGUACAGGUACUGGUCAAAGUGACGCCAUGUCAAGAUCUUUUACCACGUUGUUGAUAGAAGUAGCAUCGUUGUGGGUUUUUUUUUGCCCUUCCCUGCACACAGUAGAAAUGUAAUGUGCCAUUUUCUGAGAAUGUUUCACUUGGCCAAAGUUACAUUUCACUGAGAUUGUUUUCAUGGCUGUCUGGAAGAAGCACAGGCCCGAUGAUGCCAUCACCCUUUUUUUUUUGUUGUUGUUGAGAGGGCAUAUCAAGUUGACAGACAAAGGCCUAAAUGUUCUAGAUUUAUACAUGUGUGUGUGUAUAGGCCCUCAGAUGUUUGUUUGUUUGUUUGUUUGUUUGUUUAACGGAGCUUUUGGCAGAAGAAUGAGAGGCAAAAAUACAAAUGCUCAACAUCUGAUAAGGACUGUUUUUGGCUUCUGUGCAAAGAUUACAAUUUAAUUCUAACAGAACUAAGACAACAGACAGAAGUCUCUCGUAGUCUUGCGUAACCCUUUAGCUGUCAUAUUAAAAAUAAUAAAUACAGUGCCCAGUAUCACGUUGUGUAACCGAGACUGAUAUCUGCACUUACGAGAGGAUCAAGACAAAACAUGAAUUCACUUAACUUCACUUCUCUUUUGCUCACCCCUAAAACGAGAGAAACGGGAAGUGAAACUCGUGAUUGUUUUGAAAUUGUCUUUUAUAGUUCUUGUCUGUUGUUAUUCUUGCUUGAACAGCUCGUGUCGUCUGCCACCUUUUAAUUUCCUGUUAUAUAAAACACAGAAGCCAGCAAAUACGCUGUAGUGAAACGCUACAGUUGGCAAAUAUUUAUUUUUAAAUUAAUGUAAAUAAAGAUGAAACAAACACUAAUGAAUGGUCCCAGUGAUACUGAUGAGAUAGUCGUAGUAGUAACUGGAAAAAGGGAGAAACAGUUUUGCCCGAACGCAGAAGUCGUUAAAUAACCUAAAAUCAGAAGUUGGUGCUUUGUAUUUUUGCUUGAUUUCCAUACUUUGGUGUGAGGUUUAAAAAAAAAAACAAGGUCGAAAAAAGGCCUUGUCUUAGCUUGUUCCUGUACUGACAUGUUGACUGUACUUGCAAAGGUAUUUGUUAUCAUACAUCAGAGGGUUGUUUACAUUUUUGCAAUAAGCGUUGAUUUAUUGUUUUGUUGAUCUAAAUCAGACCAAUGUGUAAAAGUGUGAAUUUUAAAUAGUAGUCUAUAGAGCUAUGGGCUUAACGUGUUUUAACCGCCUGUUCUUCUGUGAAUCAGCAGUCUUAUUAUUAUUAUUAUUAUUAUUUCAGGUACAAUGUUUUCUUCUCAAGCUUGAUAGUGUGUUUUUUUUUUAGCUAUGGAAGUUUCAAAAAGAAAAUAAGGAAAAAAAAGAUGCCUGUUUUGAUUGUUCGACACUUUUUGUUUUGUUUUUGCUUCAUCUCACAUUAACAGUGCCAUACAGUAAGUAACCUGUUCCCCCCGGGACUUACAUUAAAUUUUAUUGUAUUAAAACGCUCGAACCAGUCGUGAUGUUUUAUACAGGAAUCAACAGGUGGUUCGUCUCAUUCCUCAGAGUAUUUUUUUACAUGUGUCAUUUAAAAAGAAAAAAAGAAGUCAAUUGUAUAUUUAUUUUAUGACGCAGUUACUUCACCACGCCAAACCAUGUAACAGUGAUUACAGCAUUGUUACGACAUACUCGCCGUGUUUACAGAUUAGCAAUCAAAGUAAAUAGAUAUGAUUAAAUGGCUGUUUUUCAGACCCGUCGUCAUUAAUGCCCCUCAUUUGACCUCGGUGCGCUUGAGGACAAAAGAAGUGUGUCUCCCACCGCCAUAAACCUAAAUGUUUAUCUGGAGGUGUGAUUUACACUGUAGGUGACUGUAAAACAGUUAAAAGUGGCCGCCGGUGUAAUCUACAGGGCGAGAAGCCACAAAUUCAGAUAACAAGCUCCUGUCGCCAACUUCCCCAAACUGGAGUCAUUGAAUGGCUUGUUUAAUAAAAGGGUUUGUUCUUGUGUUUGCUGUACACACGUGACCACCUGUCCCUAAAGCCCAUGUGAGGAAAUGUCUCACUGUGCCUUUUAUGCUCGAGCUGGAAAACAUUCUUGCUGCUGUGUGUGAUGGUGGAAGACAAAAAAGAAAGAAAGAAAGAAAGGAUUCACCAUCAAAAUGAAAGUGAAAAUAGUUGAGGAAAUAUGUUUAUUUGAGUCAGUCAGAAGCCACUUAGCUUAGCUCACUCUCUGUGUACCCUCACUGUAGUGAACACCUUUAUAUGCCAUUUGUUUGGUACAUAGAAAAAGAAAAAAAAAACUGCUGGAGAAUGGUUGCCAGGCAACCAGGCAGGGCUCCAAGGAGUCACCGCUCGGGUGUGGGUCAGGGGAAUUUGUAUAUUCAAAUCAUGCCCAGCCAGGUGGCUUCCUCCUGUUUUGUUUACAGUCUUUCGUUCUUUCGACACGAGUGGCAUCCAUCGUCCCUCCCAACUUCCCUGGAACUGUUCCCGACUUGCAGUGAAUCAUCUGUUGUGAUGACACGAGAAGGAACAAUCUGCUCGGAAGUGGUUGAGAAGAUGUUAUUCAAAAAAAAAAAAGCGUGGGAUGUUAAGUUGAGUAAAAAACAGUGUGUUUGUCAUUACGCUGCCAUGUGGCCGUGCUGCGGCGAUGGCUGAUCUCAUCAGCUGCCGUUUCCUCUCAUCACGCUGAAGAAUGUGGAAAUAAACCUCCCUUUUGUUGUUUGUGUACUUAUCCAUUGUAUAGCUAAGUGCACAUGAUUUAAAAAAAGAAGAAAAUACACAUUAUGUCAUAUUUCAGUAAUAAGCUAAGGACAAAACGAUAUCAUCUUCAUCAGUGGCUUUUUAUCGCCAACAGUUUUAUCUCCCAUGUCGUAAGCCUUGACUUCCUCUCUCUCUCUCUCCGUGCUACAAGAUAGAUCUCUGUUUAAAAAAAGAAAAAGUAUCAGAAAUCUGUAAUAUCUCUUAUUUAUGUGUAUUCUUCUUAUUCUUCUUAUUCUUUAUUUUCCCUUCUCUUUUUUUUCUUCUUCUUCUUUUUGUCUGGUACGAAAGUGUAAAUGCCGCCAUGGAGGUGACAUGCGUGUACAGGUCUGCUGAGCUGUACAUUUGUACGUGACAAGAGUUGUGCGUUUACAUACACGGUCGGCGAAAGCGGUCUAACUUUGUGACUAUUAUAUCAAUUUCUGAAUCAAACGAGUGCCAAACAUGCUUGAGCAUGAAAAAAGACAAAAACCCCUGGGACUACGUUGGAACUGCAGGUACUCUGACCUUAUCGAGUGUGACUCGAGGAACUCACUGCUGUCGGAGACUCUUAUUUGUGAUACGAACGCACAGCCGAAGGUUGAACCGUGCCAGAUUAUCUUUUGAUGAUGUUUUCGUCUCAGUUUGAGAAAGUUCCAUUCGUUUGUAUGUUUUCUGUGUCCACACACAGCGAGGGUUCUUAUCGUGCCACGCCACUGAGGUGAAUAUGAAAGCUGAUUUGCUUCAUUUUGUUGGACUUGUUCGACAGAAACGGGAACGUUUUGGCUCAUCGUUCAUUCUUAACUCAUACCACACACACACACACACACAGAAAGAUCUCCAAAACAAAGUGAGCCUGACCACUUGGUGAAUUUUACCCUGGAUUUUACCAAUUAUAGAGUGUGGAUUUGUGCAAAAUGUAAAAGUAAAUGUAAUUCUAAUAUUAAAAUGAAGCUAUGAAAAUAUCUUAUUGUGCACUAAACAGUGUCUUUUUUUUUUCCUCCUUUAAGUCAAACAUUUAAUGUCUCAAAGAACCAAUAAAUGCAUUUGAGCAAACCUC